CACCAGCCCAGCCUCGAGACAGAUGCUUUUAAACCUCACUCAUGAACUCCACAGCAAUCCAUAACUGUCAUGUGCGCGUAAGGGCGAGUCCUGUGGUCAGGAACGAGUAGCCAGCUUUAAAGUACUAGGGUAUAAAUAGCAGCACCUUGCCUCACUUCUCCACACACUCGUACUGGACGGACUGGUCCAUCUUUGGGCGCAGCGCGGUUUUGGAGAAAACGAAAGACACUUGGCGCAGCAUUACGCGCGUCCUUUCUCAGCGCGCACUCUCUGAGUCACAGAAAAGAGCUGCUGUUCAGUGAGAGCCGCUCGUGAACUCCGCAAAAAAAGAUGCUCUCGCCUCGCUGGAUGUGGCUUCUGGCCGGGCAGCUGGUGAUCCUCCACGUGCACAGCUGCGUAAAAGGCAUGGCUCUGCAUGGCGCAGCGCACGCUCACUCAGGGCUCUGCCCCAACGACGUGAACCCCAACCUGUGGGUGGACGCCAUGAGCACCUGCACCCGGGAGUGUCAGUCUGAUCAGGAAUGUGAAACAUUUGAAAAAUGCUGCUCAAACGUCUGUGGGAGCCGGAGCUGUGUGGCAGCCCGCUACAUAGACACAUCAGGGAAAAAGGGUCCGGUGGCCAAGGAGGUGACCUGCGACAAGUUUGUGUGCACUCAGCAAGGCUCAGAAUGCCACAUCUGGAACGGGAAGCCAAUGUGCAAGUGCCGGGAUCGCUGUGAGAGGGAGCCCCACUUCACCUGUGCUUCUGAUGGUAUGACCUACUACAACAAGUGCUACAUGGAUGCAGAAGCUUGCACCAAGGGUAUUUCCCUUUCAGUAGUGACCUGCAGGUCCCAUCCUACAAACACUAGCCCUCUGCCUCCAGGGACCACUGCCUUACCGACAACCACCCUGCUGCACACCACUCCUCUGGAUGUGCAAGCCCCAGUCAUUGCAGGAAGUCCGACGCAACAGUCGGUGUACGUCGGCGAGACUGCCAGCUUCCUCUGUGAAGUGAAUGGCUGGCCGAAGCCUGAGACAACCUGGGAGAAGCAACUGGAGGGAAAAGAGAACAUCAUUAUGAAACCCAAUCAUGUGCUGGGCAAUGUGGUUGUCACCAACAUUGGACAGCUGGUGAUCUACAGUGCCCAGCUGGAAGAUGCAGGUGUCUACACUUGCACUGCUACGAACUCAGGCGGUUCAAUCCAAGCCCAUUUCCCCCUCUCUGUGCUGCAGAAAGAAGAGGUUGAGAAAGUGGAGACAAAGAACUCCACCCGUUUCCCUGCCGAGGAGUGCCUGAAGGUACCUGACAGUGGGGAUUGUGGCGGAGAGAAGCAAAGCUGGUACUACGACAGCAAAAGGAACAGUUGCUUCACCUUCACCUAUGGCAACUGUGAUGGGAACCGAAACCACUUUGACACCUUUGAGUUGUGCAUGCUGUCCUGUCAGGGCGAGCUAGCGGUCCCCUGCAACCUUCCCAGCCUGCAGGGUCCCUGCAAGGCAUAUGAGCCACGCUGGGCCUACAGCACUUCCCAGGGUCAGUGCCAGCCCUUUGUCUAUGGGGGCUGUGGAGGAAACGAGAACAACUUUGAGACCAGGGAAGCAUGCGAGGACUCAUGCCCGAUCCCCAGGAACCACCACUGCAAGCCAUGUAAGCCACGGCAUAAGAUGGUAGCCAGCUUCUGCAAGAGUGACUUUGUGAUCCUGGGUCGUGUGACGGAGCUGACGGAGGAUGACGACACAGGCCGUGCCCAGAUCACUGUGGAGGAGAUCCUGAAGGAUGAGAAGAUGGGGCUGAAGUUCUUCCAGAAGGAACCUCUGGAGGUGACGCUGCAGAACAUGGACUGGAGCUGCCCGUGUCCCAACGUCACCAUCUCGGACAGCCAAAUCAUAGUCAUGGGUGAUGUGCACAAUGGCAUGGCUGUCCUGCAGCCGGACAGCUUUGUGAGCCCGUUCAGCGUCCGGCGGGUCCGUAGACUGCGUGAGGUCAUCAACAAGAACACGUGUGACAUUCUGAAAGAGUUCAUCCAAUAGGGCACCGCCCUUAGCUCAUAACUGACUGCUCUGCCGUUGAAAACUCCUAUUGAAAAGAUGUCCAAUGUUGUGUAUCAAUGUAAGAAGUAUGUAGGGUAAAGACAGAAGGGAGAACUGACACUUCCAGGUUCCCUUUCUCUUGUUCUUGGUUUUCUGCCUACCUGUACUUUUCCUGCUUCUACUUUUCUCUGCCUGUAUGUUCGCAAAAAGCUAUUGCUUGAAUGUUCUGUUUGUUUCUUAUAUACAGUACCCUUGUAACAUCUAUGAAUUCCAGUCCAGUUAAGAUGUUUGCUUUGACAGACUCAGCUCUGUUUCUGCAGCUUGUUAGGAAAUGUCCACCGGUUGGACAACAUCAACUUUUGAAGUUUACAUAGGAAACAUGCUAAAGUAUCUCUCAGGUUAAAGCGAAAGAACACAUUUGUGGACAUAGGAAGCAUUAAUCAAAUCCAUCUGGUAGGCCAAAUCCCAGCGCUCUCUCUCCCCCUGCUUCAAAAGGAACCCCAUGCCUGCCCUAUAAAUUCACGGUUGCUCUUACUGGAAAUAUAGUUUGUUCAUGCUUUCGCAAGCUCAGAGUCAUCUGAGGAAUCCAGUGAAUUACUUCUCAUCUACUACUCUGUUUCAUCUUUCAUGAAAACUUUUUUUUUAGGUUUUAAUGAUAUGUCACAGUAAAACUGUUGUAAUAUACUGUAGAGUUAGGUUGGUGUGCACUUGGAGAAGUUGUAUUAUAUUUGGUGUGACGUCUGUUGCUGUUUUUUAAACCAUAUAUAUCUUUAUCCUAUAUGUGGCACAUUUCUGUCAAGGUAAUAUUUGAAUGUACAGGUAGGAAAGCAGAGACAAUCUUGAUAAAAACAUUUUUCCUCUAUUUAUUUUAAUGAGUUUAGUUCCCUGAUAUAAGACACUAACGUUAUCAUUUCCUGAAAGUAUUUGCAUAUUUUCUUUUUUAUAAUCAUGUUGCAUAUUUGUGAAGAUUACACGUGGUGUCACUGACAAAAUAAAAGUUGAAAAACUUUGAGUCA